AUGGAAUCCCAGAAGCCAUGGCUGGCCGAGUUCAUCAAGUCCAGUCUUGAUGCGUGGUUUCGCGAACUCGAAGGAUGCCGCUCUGCCGACUAUCAAUUCCAGAAAAUUGACGACAGUUUGAAAGCAAGUUACAAGGCGCCAUGUCAACAGACUGUGUACCUUCUGAAGCUGCCGAAACUAGGUACAACAGAACCACGAGGAGAGAUCUCUGACGGAAUACACAAAAUAGAAAGCAUUUUCACCAAAGGCACGGCAAGUGAGAUAAUAGACUCUGGUGCUCAGCAUGGAACACCCUUACAACUCGUCGAUCCCGUCCUUCGAGUCACCCCUCAUGUCAACCCACCCAAGCCUUUGCUCGAGAUUACGACCUGCAAGAUUGUGGAUGAGGCGGAUCGGAUAGAACGAAAUCUUUCUUCUGGCUGUGCUGUCACUGAAGACCAAGAUGUACGCAAGAGAAUGUCUAAGUAUUGGGCCAAGAAACGACACAACCGUGCUCCCUCAACGCCCGCCUCACGCGGUAGCCCCGCCUCUAUCAAAUCACAGGUUGCUUUCAGUCCACCGAUAUCUCAUAGGGCUACAAACCCUGAUGGCGAUGUUGAGAAGAAUGAUGAGGAGGAUUUAUCGCAGCAGCCAUUCUGCACCCAAGUUCCCAAUGGUCUCAGUGGUUGGAACCUGACCACCCCAACUGAACCGACUCCCCUCGAAAUAAAAAGGGCAGACACCAGUGAGCAAGAGGAGCAUUUUCUACCGUCGGCUCAGGAUAUACAAGGGGGAAAUGGUGUUCCGGAUUGUAUCCCUUCAAAUCAGACACAACAGCCCGCACCGAAACUCCUAACUACUGCAGAAAUCAUCACGCCAUCCAACGAGUCUGUCUUGCCUCCGUCGACGACAACCGGCCAAGGGAGAGGGCUAGCACCCAGGCGCCUCUCGCAUUCAGCAAAUCCUACCCUGCCGCGACUUCAGGUCACUCCUACCUUGACAGCAGACAAUGAAAAAAGCAGUCCUGUAGAAAUAUCUGAGCUUGGCGGCAACGUUCCAGAAUCUCCGGGGCACUCAGCGGACCAUGCCUACAAAGAGCCAUGCAAUCUAGCCACAAAAUGGAGUCCUCCAAAGCGGAUCAUUGUCACGCGAUCGGAUCAAGAGCGUCCUAGUCGUUUCCAGCGUUGGCGUGAUGAAGCACAAGCAGGGAGAUAUAUUCCCAGACACAUCCAAAAGAUCCCAAAAAAACAGGCAAAGUUGUUGGCAUCGCUUUUGGAGUCCGGAGACAGUUGGCAGCCACCUCUCGUUGGUCGCACACAGAGGCCAGGAGAGGUUCCUCUAGAACUCCUGGUAGAACUCUCCGACGCUGCAGAUGAACGAGCGAGCGGUCCAGCUUCGUCCUCCACGGAUGUAGAACCUGAGGCCUCGGGACAGGAUCCACGUCCAACUGAACAUGGACAAGGUCAAGAUUUGAAACCGGCCAAUCCCAGCGAAGGGAACGCAAGCGAUUCCGAGGAAUUUGCUGACUGGUCUCAAAGUCCGCCAACUCAACAGCGGCGAGCGACUAAACUGCCACCGAACAGCCCUCUCCCAGACCUAACACGACAGAAACGACUUUCUUACCAUGCUGAUAGUAGAGAAAAAGAGAGCGCAAUGCUAAGCGGUCAAGAACCGUCAUCAGGCAGUGCCACCAGCCAGGCACGAGGGUCGAAAGUUCAAUCAUCGACCCAUGAUCAUGGUCCCCUUCCUCUGGGGUCAGGUUCACAUCAGAGUGCCUCUUCAGCUGAGGAUACCCCACUAUCGGCGCAACUACAACAUGCUGAUGUGAAUGACAAGAGCUCAUCCCAGGAGGACAAUGCUUCCAUGGUUGCAGGGGUAUCAGAUGGUUCCAGUUCAAAGAAAAUACAGGUUACAAGGACGCCGUACGGCGGCAAAGGAUCCAGUUUCCCCCGGCUCAUUGCUUCGCGAAUGACUUCGACCAUGGCCAAAAAUGGGCUCGAUGAUGGAAACCCUACUUCGACUUUCGUGCCCGGAACUUACAAUGAACCAAGCUCAGGGGUCCUUGCUGCGGUUGCGAUGAAAGCUCGAAGCAGUGCUCCUUUACCGGUAGAUGGGAGCUCAAAUCCGACUCCAGAUUCGGAUCCAAAUAGCCACACUGUAGCACACUUUGAACCGCAAGUGUCUGAAGCGACGAGAUUCGAAGAUGCUAACCCAGACAAGACAUCGAGUCCGAUCUGCGGUGCAAGCUUGGACAAUACUCUCUCUGCCAGCGCUGACUCACAAGAAAAGGUACAGCCUGGUCCUGACCAGCGGCAUCUGCCGUUUUGUGGCAAUAGCGACGAUCUUGGCUCUCGGCUGCAACAAUCUGAGUUGGCAGGAGCCAGGGUUGUUGAUGCUGGAGGAGGCGCAGGAAGACGAAACCGUGCUAUUGGGGCAGAAAAUAGUCCAGGAUCAUCCAAGGAGGCUGGUCCUAGAGCCGAUGAAAACGCGUUGGUGCAGUCCGUGUCUCAGACUCAUGAGUUGAUUUCUGUUUUGGCAAAACGGAAGCGAACAAACUCGGGAAUCAGCGAUGUUCCCAUCAAAAGGCAACGGCAAGAGCAAGAAGGGGCCACCGAUCAUGAAAAUGGAAAAGAGCCAGAACAUCGUGAGCAGCGACCACCGGAGCCUGACAUGCUCUAUGACGUUAUACGAUGUGUUAUGUCAACGCCUCAAAUAACAACGGGUCGCAACGGUGAGAGUCUACUGUGUGAAGAAAGGACACAAUAUCGUCAGGAGACCUCGCGGAUGAUGGGCAACCCCCAAGCAUCAACACGAGACUCUCUCUUGUCAUCGAGGGAAGAUGAUGACGGCAGGAGUGGCCCCAUGGGAUCCUCACCAAAGCAGGGAAGGCGCCAUCAGCAGCUAGACUCUGCAAACAAUACACCUAGGCGGUCAUCGACACCGAUCACUCGCCAAUCUGCAUAUGGUGGAGUGAGCAAUGGAGAAGUCAAAGCCAUUCCGGCCGAGCCAGGCGUGGGUAAUGAUCUCUUUACAAGGUAUCAGGCAGCCUACCCCGACUAUAAAGGGAACGCGGAAGAUUUCUUCACUUCAUACUGUUUUAUCAAGGAGAUCUGGACCCGCGAACCAGGGCCGAAGUUGAUCCAUCAAUGUCAUCUCGACGAUGCAGUCUUUCACCAUUUUCAUAGUUAUCGACCCUACGCAGGGACUGCAGGUACUGCAGCUGUGGGAUUUUUUGAAUUCUUCCAUGACUUCAUUGAAGAUCCAAGCCACCAUCAAAGGAUUAUAAGACCGUCUGCAUUCGAAAACCAAGGAGGGACACCGAGAAGGACGUCUGUGGGCGACGUCUCGUUACAUCAAGAAGGACAAUCUUUUGCUACUGCGCCUGUUUCGUCAACCAAGACAGGGAAACCAUUGACAGUGAAGGAAACCAUUGCUGUACAACAACAGCGGUUUAAGCAGCUUGUCCAAACCGGUGAGGCCAUUGAAGACCGCAUUGAUAGCAAUGACAGCAUUGAAAGAUGGCGCGAAGACGCUGCUCGCGCGCCUUCACCGGAACUGGGGACGCCCGACGUUGACAGGAGUCUCUCAACACGGACAACCCCAAGAAAGGGGUCUCCAGGGCCGGCGAUCAAGACCUCGAUGCCUCCCACACCCAACCCACCAGAGCCUCUUGAACCUUCACCGGGUCUAUUCGUCAAGCCACAAAACCGUGCAACAGAGAGCAGACCAAGACAGGUGACUGCCAAGACUGCCAAUACUACCAAGAGCUCAUCGGUACGGCCGAAGAAACGAGCAUCGCGUGGUUCUUGGAGAGGGACCAGCACGGCAUUCACAAAAUUCGAACAGGAGGUUGCGAAGUUGGCGGCUCAGGAGCGCAGGGCCUCUAGCGAAACUUGGGUUCCUUCGCGACGAGGAUAG